AUGACUCUAGACGUUUCUUCAUUGUACGACAUAUGUCAACGAUUGGAGGAAAAUCGUGAUUCGGCUGAUUUCCAAUUUUGUAUUGAUUCAAUCAAAAAUGAGGACAUAUCUGUGAAGAAGAUGGCUAUGCAGAUUGUCUUCAGAUUCUUUGAUGAUUUCCCGGAAAAGAGAGCGGCAGCUCUCAAUACGCUAAUGUCGCAACUGAAGAAUCCUGACAUAGAGGUGCAAAAACUCGUCAUCAAAGGUCUUCCUUCCACAUGCUCGCGUCAUGAAGAUUACGUCGAUCAGGUGGGUGAUGUUCUGGCCCAGUUGUUGAGUAUUCGUGAUAGUCAGGAGCUGCUGCUAGUGAGAAAAUCACUCAACGCCAUUCUAGAGAAAUAUCCGAAAGCAACAAUCCUGGCAAUGCACAAGGCUGUCACCAAGGCGGAAAGUAUUGAAGAGAAAGUCGUUAUGCUACAGUUCAUGGACGAAAAAGUUAUUCGUAUUAAUGGUGAAUUGACUCCCUUCAUGAAGCGGCAAAUAACUGAGAUUUACUGCAGGAUGUUGAUUUCUUCAACUCCCGAUGAAAUCGAAGUAGUACUUCGCUUCAUUGGAAAAUCACGUCAGAUAACGGAACAGGAGAAACAAGUCGCUUUCAAAGCGGCGUUGACUUGUCUCGUGGAUGAGGGAGUCAAACAGGAUCAGAGGAAUGACAUUGAAGAAUGUAGUGAAUUCAACAAGCUGAUAAGCAAUCUCGUGAAGGUUGUGUUAAUUUUACGUUUGGUUGAUCGAUCUUAUAUCAUGAAUCGAAAGAUGACAAAUUAUUUGUUUUCUAAAUUUGAUAAACUUCAUAGAUUUCAUUCGUCCGAUAGAAAGGACAUUAUGAAGGUGUUAUCAGGUAUUACGUAUGCAGGCAAUUACGAAGGUCCUCAAGAUUGCUCGAACGUGAUAGCUCUGUUUAAUUUUUUGAAGAGCAGGCUGCCGGAUCCCUGCUCCUCUGACACUAACCUGGAAGAUGUUUGUAUAGAGCAGAGAAACGACGAGGAGUGGAACGUUGAUUUCCCUGAAAUAGAACUUGUUUCAAUUGUUACCUACAAUAUCCUUCAAAGAAGUCCAGUUAUUGCACAAGAACUGUUAGCUCUCGGCGAUAUAUGGAAGCCUCGCUUCCAGUAUUUGGUAAGUGUGAUCCGUGUGUACACUCGGUGUUUGAAGAAAAGGUUGGAUGAAGCAGCUGGAAUAAAGGAAAAGGAUCGUGCGAAGAAUUUAAAACUGCUGAAAGUGGCGAACAACAUUGGAUUGAUAGCGAAUUGUUUCCUUGUCAACAUCUGCGACUUGCACGCGAAGAUUUUGCCAUCUUGGGUCGUUCAAAAACGGCGAGCUCCAUCUAAGCUAGUCAGCCUCGAUCGUAAACGAAGAAAGCGAGAUUUUCGACACGAUUGA